CUGUCGAUCUCACACAACGAGCACAGGCUGCCGCCAGCAAGUGAAAGACUCGUUACUCGAACCAAUCGCAAUCUGGUCUUCACCGGACAGUUUUACCUGUCCUUAUGCUACGUUUCCCAGUCUUGCAGCGCCUAAUGAACGGGUGCGCCGGAACCGUGUAAGCUUAAAGCAACCAUUACCACGGAACACGUUCCUCAUCUUAUUUACUUCAUUCAUCCUGGGAUAGAAGAUAUAGCUUAGAGCUUCUAUAGAUACAACUGCUUACUGUACCUACAAAAUAUCGGCACCCGGCGUACAAGCAUCAGUGACACAUGUCAUCCAAUACCCGACAUUCUUUCCCUCUCUCCAUCGAUACCAGGCAGAAAUCAGGCGUAGUGUGCGAAGGAUGGGUGCUCAAGAAGAGAAGGAAAAAGAUGCAAGGUUUUGCACGGAGGUACUUUGUCCUCGAUCAAUCAGGAUCCUUGUCCUACUCCAUCGAUCCAAAACGUCCCAUACGCGAUCAGAUAUUCCUCCCUCAUGCUGCGCUGUCCACUGCUGUUGGUCGUAAAGAUAUACACGUAGAUUCGAGUAAUGCCACGUUUCAUAUCAAGUGUUUGACCGCAGAUGACUUCAAUACAUGGUUGACUGCAAUAAGACAGUUUGUCCUUCCCGAUGGACGACGGUCCCUUGCAGGAAAGACCACUCCUCGGCUAAGCCAAUCCCAGUUCAAUAGAUCUGGGACCAUCGCUGAAGACAUUGGCUCUACAAUAUCUGAGUUGGAAGCUGCUUUCGCCGCCCUCCAAUCCGAAAAUACGUACGAGAAGAACAACCCUUCACUGAAGUCCAAGUCGGAAAAGGAUAAGCAUCAUCAUCCGAAAGAUGUCUUUAACAUGUUCAAAAAAUCCCACCAUAUUAACGAGGAUGGCACGCUACCAAAGAGCAAGCUUGAUUCUCCGUCGUACAUUCGCCUUAACACAGCCCUUACAUCUCUCAAGUCACAACAUGCUGCCCUACUCAAGUCCUUGCAGGCGCAUGAUGGUACAGUGCCACCAACGGCUCGCUGCUCUCCUCUUCCUCCUACCACAGAAGAGAAGGAAGAGGAACAUUUCUCGACUUCGCGCUUCAAUACUGCACUCACCCGUAGAUCAAGAAUGGCAACCUCCGUGUCGAGUCUGAGCGAUAUUGCACCUAUCGAAUGGUUUGAUGCCGAAGAUGAUCCAGGCCAGGAGUUUUUCCUGGAUGCGACUACCCCAGAGGAGGAGAAGGAGCUCUCAGUUCCUCAGUCCGAAACUAGCAGCUUAAAUCAAACCGAAUCUAGCGAGGAGGAGGAGCCUUCCCCAACUCCAGUCAACGAUACAGAUCCCUCCGUGAACGCUCGUCAAGUGGUGCGACGGACGCGCUUACCUUCGGGACCGGUUGGUGACGAGGGCAGUUUGUUCGCCAUUCUCAAGAACAAUGUCGGAAAGGACUUGUCUACGAUUGCCUUUCCUGUAUCAUUCAAUGAGCCCCUGACUUUGUUGCAACGCACAGCAGAAGAACUGGAAUAUUAUAACUUGCUACAACAAGCAGCUGAGGCUAAGGAUCCCAUCCAGCGCUUAUGCUUCAUUGCCGCCUUUGCUGUGUCGGGGUACGCACACACGAGAUAUCGGUCCGGUCGCAAAGGCUUCAAUCCCAUGCUUGCGGAAACCUUCGAAGACGUGCGAAUGAAGUUCUUGGCUGAGAAGGUGUCCCACAAUCCUGUCAUAAUUGCAUACCACGCAGAAGGCCAAGGCUGGGAAUUGAACGCAACCUCGGCCGGGAAGACCAAGUUCUGGGGCAAGAGCUUGGAAAUCAUACCCCUUGGGACAACGCGGCUGAAGAUCGGGAAUGAAGAGUAUGAAUGGAACAAACCUUCGUCAUUUAUGCGAAAUUUGAUGAUGGGUACAAAGUACCUGGAGCACUGUGGCAAGAUGACGAUUGAAAAUACGACGAGUGGUGCGACUUGCGUCCUUGAUUUCAAGCAAAGCGGGUAUUGGGGUGCAUCGAACGAGGUUUCCGGCAUGAUUCUUUCUCCAUCCCGUGAAGUAAGUGCUCGCAUAGAAGGUAAAUGGGACGAACAAAUCGCGCAAGCACUUGACUCUUCCUACUUGCACAUCCUCUGGCGCAUCGCUCCAUUCCCGAAGGAGUCCCCCCAAUAUUAUGGCUUCACGGCGUUCGGCAUCACCUUGAAUGAGAUCACAAGCGACCUCGAGGGUCGUCUACCUCCUACGGACUCACGGUUCCGGCCCGAUGUGCGUGCACUGGAACAUGGGGACGAUGAUGAGGCCGAGGUUCAGAAGACGCGCCUUGAGGGAAUGCAGAGGGAUAGGCGGAAACGGGGCGCAGACCGAGCUCCAAGGUGGUUCGAGCAGGACGGGGAGGACUGGACAUAUGUCGGAGGGUAUUGGGAGGCCAGGGCAAGAGGAUGGAAGGACGCUCUGGUCGAACCACUUUGGUGAUGCCAGGAUUCAUUGAAUUUCCAUUUAUACGAGGGCAUAUUAGCCCCUUCAAAUUUAUAUCAUGAUGUAGCAUACUGUGUUAGAAAUUAGAAUGCACGAAAGGAUAUGUCGAGCGCGUCCGAC